UAUUUGAUUGGUUGGCUCACUUCGCAUUCCAGUUAUAGCUAUGCAAGGAGUGUCUUACGAGCGUUGGUGUCCAACAUGGACACAACACCUUCUUAGAAGUAUCCAUGUUUUGUAGGAUCAAUCUAUUUGAGCUAAAGAAUGUGGUUGUCCUUAGUGAUGAACUACCAGUCACUUUCAAGAAAAUGCAUGAAUUCUCCACAAUUGAUGGUUUUGUUGAAGUGACUGAAUCCGUGGCGGAGAUGGUUAAAUAUGUGGCUAAUGAGCCCUCCGUGGGACUCGUCUACAUCCAACAGCACACACAGAAUGCAGUGCCGAACCUUAUUAAUCUCAAGAAUAAUGUCAUGGAGAAGUCUCGAGACAUGACUUUGCAUACAGAAGAUUUGGAGGAUUCGAUCACAAUGUUGAGGUCUAUGAGAGAGUGUGGCUUCCCUAUUGCUGAUGAGAUGAUCAAAGACAUCAACAAAUCUCUAGCUAUUAUGUCAACAAAACAACCAAAAAGAGGGAUGAUCCGUAGCCCAAGUUUAAGUUUUCAAAUGGGAAGAACUAGUUCUUGGGGUCCAGUAACUUGGGGUCGUAAUGCAGAUGGUGAAAUAAGUAGUAAUUAUUUGUCAUCAGUUUUUAGGUCAGCAAAAGAACUUGCCAGCAAUUUCAAGUGGCCUCAAGUUGAUUCUAAAGAGUCAACACAAGCCAAGGGUGAGAAACUUAUGUCAUACCCUAAUCCACCACUACCAGUUGAAGCUGCUAACACCACCACCGCCUCAACUCUGGCAGAUGUAGAAGCCGAUGAACUGCCCUUGUCAAGUCAGAUUGAUGAUGAGCUAAAAGAAGAAGAAUUCUCAGUUGAUGGAAGUUUCUCUAAUCAUUAAUUGGUUUCAUUGUCUGAAAAAUAUGAUGAGUUUAAGGCUGACAGAGAAGCAAAACUGGAGGAGUGGUUGGGAGGGACCGACAGCCAGGCUGAUAGUAGGACUCUAGCUUGACAGCACUUGUAAACUUUGUUGUUGUGUUAUUAUUAUGCUUAUGUAUCAUCAUUGCUUUUUCUCAGAACAGAAAAUUCCUUAUAAGAUUCUUGUAUUCGGGUUCUGGCAGAAUUGCCGAAGAGAAAUUUCUCAUUGUUUUUCCUCGAGUGAAUCUUAGCAACACUUUGCACUAACGAUCUGAUUUUCUUUUUCUUUUUGACUUGGUUUCUGGAAAGCUUAUAUCAUUAUGUAACCAUGGUGGUAGAGCUAUGUAUUUACAUAAAUUAUUUCACAUUCUGCA